AUGAGUUAUUCAGUACCACCAUCACUAUUAAAUCGUACUCAAUCAGUAAAUGAAGGUUUUAUAACAAUACCUCAAUUAACAAUACGUGGUAGCCAUUUAAAAGAUAGUGAAAAAUCAAAUCACCAUGCUCAUGUUAAAAGAUGUUGUCACAUUAGAAUUUCCAAAUUAGAAAUUACUGCAGAUAAUAGAGAUAAAAUACCAUCAUCAAUUAAAUUUUCAGUUGGUUUGAAUAAAAUUAGAAGAACAUUAGUUACAACUCCAAUUGAUCUUUCAAAGACUUUAGAAGAAGUGGUUUUAUCUCAACAAUCAUCACAACAAAGAAAUCAGCAACCAAUUGAUUUAAACUUAAUUGAAUUUGAUUCUUUAAAUUUAAAUUUAAAUAAUAAUAAUGAUAAUAGUCAAAUUAAUAAUAAUAUUAAUAAUAACAAUAAUACUAAUAGUAUAAAUAUUAAUAAUUCAAAAGGUCUAUCAAUAAAUUUAAAUAAUAUAAAUAAUAAUGAUACAAGUAUUUACUCAUCCUCACCUACACAAAAUUCAGCUUUUUCACCAAAACGUAAUAAUGAAAAUAGUAAUAUCUCAAAGAAAACUUACCUAUAUCCAUUAGACAUUAGAUUUAGCUUUCAUUAUGAUCACUCUUUAAAAGAAUAUGAUGAUUUCAUUAAAAUAACUUUAUUAAAAUGUACAACACCUAUUUCUUCAUCAAGUAAUAAUAACAAUAAUACUAAUAAUAGUAUCAACAAUAAUACCAAUAAUAGCAAUAUGAGUAAUAAUAUAAAUAAUAACAACAAUACUAAUAAACAAAGAUAUAGAUAUAGUACUCCAAUAUCUUACUGUACCGUUAAUCUUUCUCAAAUUUUGCAACAAGGAGAGUUUAUUUCAGAUUUAGAUAUGAUACCUAUAAUAUCAAGUAGUGACUACAUUAAUAAUGCAAAUUUAAAUAAUUCAAAUAGUGAUAAUGAAGACAAUUCAAACAUAGCAAGUUUAAAUAUUAACAGCUAUAUUAAUUACAAUAGCAACAAUUUAAAUAAUAGCAAUGGUUUAACUAAUAACCCCAACAACAAUAGUAGUAAUAGCAGCCCUGGUAACAACCCAACAACAAAUAGUGUUAACAAUACAACCGGUUCUAUCAAUGUUUCUAUUUGUAGUGUCCCAAAGGAAAUUGAAAAUAUUGAAAAUGCACAAGAAUAUCAAUUAAACGAUAUUGCAUUAUCCGAUGAUGAAAAUUUAUUCUUUGACUCUGAUUCAAAUGAUUCAAAUGACUCAAAUUAUGACGAUGAUGAAGAAGAAAUAAUUUCCUAUCAAGAUGUACCAUAUCAUUUUCAACCAAUAAAUAAUAAUAGUAAUACUAAUAAUAAUAAUAAUAACAUUAGUAAUCAAAAUUCAACCUCCCCAAAUUUAUUCAAUUCUUCACCACUAUUACACUCUCAUAAUAUACAACAAGACUUUACAGAUAAUGAACAAGAUCAAAUUUUUGAACAAAAUAAUGCUCCACUAUAUAUAUCAGAAAGUUUAAAUAUUGUUAGUAGUGGUUUACUUUCUCAUAGACUUUUAGAAUUAAGAGAAAAUGAACAACACAACCAUUAUAAUAGCCAUAAUACUCAAACAACCAAUGUAAACAAUGGUAAUAUAAAUAAUUUAAUGGUAUACAAUAAUAAUGAAAUUAAAAAUAAGAAAAAAUCAAAACUUCAAAAACUAUCAUCUUUAAUUAAACCAAUAACUAAUAAAUCAGAUAAUACAAGAGAUCAUAGAACAGGAGGAAAUAAUGAUGAAAUAAUGGUUGAUUAUGAAUCAUCAAGUGAAAGUAGUAGCGAUGUUUAUGAUCCAAUUUAUAAUAAUAUGAAUAAUAAUAUUGAUAAUAAUAUAGAUAAUAAUAUCUAUAAUAAUAAAAAUAAUAAUAAUGAAGAUUAUGACUUAAAUGAAGAAAAUGAUGAAGAUUCAGCAGAUGAAGAAGAAAAGAAUACUGAUGAUUUCUAUAACCCAUCACUUCCAUUAUCACAUCACAGUAGUGAUCUUAUUCAUUCAUUUAAAUCAUCUAGCGAUAAAAUAUUUUUAGCAAAUGAUUCAAAUCCAAAAUUAAAUAAUAUAAUAAAACCAAUAGCAAAUAAAAUCACAAAUAAUAAUUUAAAUAGUUCAAACAAUUCAAAUAAUAAUAGUUUAACAUCACAAUUUUAUUCAUCAAAUAAUUUUGAAAAUAUUUUACAUCAAAUAUCAAUUUCAGAGAAACCAAUUCACAUAUUCCUUAUAAACUCGUUAAGAAGAAGAGGUAGAAAAAUGGAAAAAAUCAUAGAGCAAUCUUCACUAUUUAAAGAGUCAUUUUUAAUAGUUUCAACAAAAUCAAAUAACGAAAUUGCACAAAUCUUUAAAUCAAUUCUUUCAAAACUCCAUAGCAGUCAAACUAAAAUUGUUAUAGCUGGGUCUGAUAGUUAUGUAAAUUCCAUUAUGAAAACUUUUGUUACAUUAAUUUCAUUAAAACCAAGAGGCUGGAAUCCAUUUUUGUUCUAUCUUUUACCAUUGGGAAAAAGUAAUGACAUAUCACUACAAUUGGCUGCAAAUGAUACAAAAUACUCCACAAUGUUUUCAAAUAAUGCUGAAUGGAAAAAAAUAUUUGAUCAAAUAGAACCACCAACACAACAACAAAUUUCAGAAAUUGAAAAUAAAAUCAAUCUUUAUAUUUCAACACCAACAAAUAAUCAAUAUAAAUUCCCAAUAGGUGAGGCACUACUUACAAUGUCGACCUCUGCUGGUACUGCCACAGUACCAUUUAUAAAAGGAAUUCAAAUUAAUCAUUUUGGUAAAUUUCAAACAGACCACGAAGUUGAUUUUGUAAAUGACUUGGCCCAUCAACCAAUCCCUGAAAUGCAAUUAGAUUAUUGGAUACCAAAGAAAAAAGGUGGUGAAGAACAUAUUGUAUUUAAAUCUCAUUUACAAAGCUUAAAGUUAACAAGACUAUCAACCAUUUCAAACUCUAUUAAAACUCCACUAUCACCACCUAAUAAUAACUCUUUUAUUAUUUUUGCAGUUUAUAAAAAUUUAAAAAAGAAAAAUAUGUUAACUAGAUUCAGUAGUAAUAAUAAUCAAAGUAAAGAUAAAGAUAAAGAAAAAGAUAAAGAUAAAGAUAGAGAAAAAGAAAAAGAGAAAGAAAAAGAAAAGGAAAAAGAUAAAGAAAAGGAAAAAGAAAAACCAAAAAAACAACAAGAA